AUGGGUGCUUGCCAGAGCAGGGAUGAACAGGAGGCUGCUGUUACGACGCCCAAACGCGUAGGUGCCACGAAGGUGUGCGACGAUAAGCUGGAAGACAGAUUGCUGACCAUCCCUGAGAUCAGUUAUGGCGCUUUUAACCGCGUGGCGUUGGAAUGGGAUACUCUUGGUCAACUAAUUCCCUACAAUCCGGAGAGCAUUCGUUCAGUAGCUAGUAUACAAUCGGGAGAUGUGGCAACAGAGUUCCAGGUAGUGAGGAAACAGCUGACUACCAUCAAGCAGCCUGCCCAUGUAGCAAAACCAGACGAUAAUGCUGCGGCGACCGGCAUGCAGAGGUUCUCUUCCGGAGGUAUCACAGACGAAAAGCAAUCGCUGGACCAGUUUAGGCGUGCAAUAGCGAUGUGGGCGAAUUUCAAGACCAGCGCCAAGGCUGUGACAAAGUUGCACGGGGUUACUGAUGCGUGGAGUUACCUCGACGCGGAGAAUGUACCGUUACCUCAAGAAAUAUUUGGCAGCCAUGGAUCCGAAUCGAUCAAUGAGUUGCAGGGAAGUGAGGUUUCUGCUGAUAGUCCACUUACUCAGGAAGACGGCCUGGAGGGCAUCCUAUCGAGUUCCAGAGAGAAUGGCGAUGUAGACGUACCUAUCGUACCUAUGAACGAGAACCUUCAUGUACCAUUCCAGGAUUUACAUCGAUCUUUAAAUGAUAUAACACAGCAAUCGUCGUCCUUUGAGACACAACCCACUUCACCAAUGGAAUCAGACACGCCCAUGGAAAAUGUAGACAAUUCUAAAGAGUGGUUAAAUUACGAGCUGGUGCUGCGUCCGUAUGCCAACAAAGAGACGGCACGGCAUUCGUACAAAUGCAUCUACAGACCUAGGCGAGAAUUUUCGCCUCGUGACAGGGUUUACCGUAUAAAUUCUGACUUGUUACAAUUAUUGGGCGACCUUUUGGACCCAUUUCAGCCACAAAAUGAAGAUAAAACCCGGAUAGAAGAGGUCCAAAAAGUAAAACUACAACUAAAUCAGCUCGUUUUGGAUAAAAAGUGGGGAUCAUCGACGAUUCAGGAUCACGAGACUUUUACCCAAGGCAUUGUAACGCGCAAGACAAGGAAUAUAAAGCGCAGACCCUUUGAUUUGCGCGCGCUUUCUACUAUAAGUGAUGCUGGUGAUGUGCCAAGCCCGUGUGGACAGCCCUUCUACUGUCUGGAGAACUCGGGCUGCGAUUUGGGCAACGGUGACAUCUGCGAUAUACACAGCACAAAGGAAAGGAAGCACUCCACCCAUUCUACGGACAAUUAUAGAUUACGUGGUCGUUAUGGAGACAUGUCGGAUAUACCACUGCUUUUUUGA